AUGACGGAAAUUUCGCUUACGGGCCGUGAGGAAAAUAAUUGCCAAGAAAAGAUAGAGUCCCAGGGAGGUUUAGCAGAGUUAUCAAAUGAUCAAGAAGGCUCUAAUAUCGAUUCCGAAGAGGAGAUUUUGGAUGAUCAAACAGAUGCAACGGAGGCGAUUUCAGCUGAGGUAAUCGAAUCAACCUCACCUCUUCCUGUUUCUUAUGACUUUAAUUCUUCAAGUUAUUACUACAAUUUAAAUACCGGCGAAACUUAUAGAAAAUCAGAUCGUUCAAUAUACGCAUAUUAA